AAGAUGCUGUGCUCUGGGGCCAAAAGAACCCGAAACAUCAUCUUAAGUGUGAGUGUGGUCAUCUGUGUAUUUCUAUUCUCCCGAGCUUCUGUACAAAGACUUCUCUUUGGAGCGUGUGCAUGUAGUCCGUGUGUGUCAGACAUUGCUCAUGACACCUGGUUCCAGCAGCGCUACGACCCCUACGCCCAACCCUUACUGACUAAGGAAAACUGCAUACUCAGCAAUGCCCUUUAUUGGUGGUGGCAAAAGCUACAAUACAAGAGUAGAGUGAACUACGAAGCAGUAGCUGAGAUGUUAUUUGGCAUCUUCCCGAAUGAAGAAGAUUACUCUGAUGCUAGCCCAGGUCGCUGCAGAACAUGUGCUGUAGUGGGGAAUUCUGGGAACCUCAAUGGAUCCCACUACGGUGCGCUCAUUGAUGACCAUGAUCUUGUCAUUAGGAUAAAUAAGGGCCCAACCGAAGGCUUUGAGCGGGACGUGGGGACUAAGACCACUCACCGUAUCAUCUACCCUGAGAGCGCUGUGGACAUGGACAACUCCACUCACCUGGUGCUGAUCCCUUUCAAGACUGUGGAUCUGCAGUGGCUCAUCAGCGUCUUCACGACCAAACACAUCAGUCGAACGUAUGUUCCAGUGAAACCCAGUAUAAAAGCAAACAGGGAUAAGGUGAUGAUCCUCCAUCCUGGCUUUCUGAAAUAUAUUCAAGAGCGCUGGCUGCAGAAACAUGGCAGAUACCCAUCCACUGGUUUUAUUACACUCGUAUUUGCCUUGCACAUCUGUGACCAGGUUAGUGUGUUUGGGUUUGGAGCAGAUGAACAUGGAAACUGGCAUCAUUACUUUGAACAAAAUAAGCAUCAUCAUAAUGCUGGCAAUCAUGGAGGAAGCUAUGAAUAUAGUAUUGUACUUAAGCUUCAUGAGAAAAAAAGAAUUCAUUUGUAUAAAGGAUGGUGACAAUUGCA